CCUGCGUUGAUGGAGCAUGCGUCGUGCAGCUCCAAGGAGCUGAAAGGCGAAGUGUGCAGUCGUGAUGUCGUCUGCCGCUUUGCGGUUCAGAAUCGGAACUCCUAGGCCGCUGGUCAAGAGGCGAAGGCUCCCGAACUGAGUGGGGUCAUCACUUCAGCGAUGGCGUAGCGUCGCUGUUUUCGUACGCUGUUUCUUCUGCUGUUUCCGCCGAGUCCAUUUCGGAACAAAGGAGCCGCCUGCUGCUGGCCCUGACAGACAUGCGCACUGUCUGCUCAUAGAGGGUAAUGACAGUGUUGGAUCGAGCAGUUUCUCCGGCGCGGAGACCUCUGGGCACAGGAGUUGCCAUUACUCACUUGCUUUAGGUGCGUUUCUUAUUGGAUGCUGACUGAGGGUCACCGAUCUUGAAUUUUAAUUCUGCCUCGCUCCAACGGAUGCUGCCUAAUUUGCUCGGACAUUAUAAGAGGAGAAUUUUCAGACCAUAAGCUCAAAUCAAGCAUCAUAGGAAAACCUGAAAGAUAAUCAGUUCAGCAAUAUUAGUCAUCAAAAAUGGAAACAAAAAGCACCAUGCUCAGCAGGGAGCUACUGUCCACAUGUUUUGUUUGUAGUUGAGGUAGUAACUGGUUGGCUAACCUGUUGAUACACAGUUGCAGUCACAUAGAAGAGAAUUGUGUAAAUGGCAGGGGUGUCUAUGGUAAAUAAGUUAAUUACCUGAUUGAGCUGGGAGUUCAUUCAUGGUGGUGAGAUGAUGUUCACUUGCCCUGUUUGUGAAAAGGAAUUCACUGAUUCAUCCCACCUGCUGAGACACCAGCGAGUUCACACUGGAGAGAGGCCAUUCACCUGCUCCAUUUGUUGGAAGGGAUUUACUCAGUCAUCCCAUCUGCUGAGACACCAGCAUGUUCACACUGACAAGAGACCUUUUAAAUGUGCUGAUUGUGAGAAGACAUUUAAAAGUAAACAGGAUCUGCUGAGACACCAAAACACUCACACUGGAGAGAGGCCAUUCACCUGCUCGAACUGUGGGAAGGGAUUCACUAAUUCAUCCAACCUGCUGAAGCACCAGCGAGUUCAUACUGAUGAGAGACCUUUUAAAUGCUCGGACUGUGGCAAGUGUUAUAAAAGCUCAGAGGAACUGACAUGCCAUCAACGUGUUCAUACUGAUAAAAGACCAUUCAGGUGCUCUGACUGUGGGGCUGGGUUCACUCGAUCAUCUCAACUCACCAUACAUCAACGCCGUCACACUGGAGAGAGACCAUAUAUAUGCUCCAUGUGUGGGAAGGGAUUCACUUGCUCAUCCCAUCUUACAACACACCAACGUAUUCACACCAAUAAAAGACCUUUCAAAUGUUCUGACUGUGAAGAGAGGUUUAAAAGCAGAAAUGAGCUGCUGACACACCAGCAUAAUCACACUGGUGAGAGACCAUUCACCUGUUCUGAUUGUGGCAAAGGAUUCUGUCGAUCUUCCCACCUCCUGAUACAUCAGCGAGUUCACAAUGGGGAGAGACCAUUCAUCUGCCCUGUCUGUGGCAAGCGAUUCACUCAAUCAUCCAUCCUCCUGACACACCAGCGAAUUCACACUGGGGAGAGACCUUUCAUUUGCCCGGUGUGUGGGAAGAGAUUCACCCAGUCUUCCCACCUACUGACACAUCAGCUUGUUCACAAUGACAAGAGACCCUUUAUAUGCUCUGACUGUGAUAGGAAAUUUAAAACAAAAAGAGAUCUGCUGAUGCACCAACGAGGUCACACUGGAGAGAGGCCAUUCACCUGCUCCACAUGUGGGAAGGGAUUCACCCAUUCAUCUCACCUGCUGACACACCAACGUACUCACACUGGGGAGAGGCCAUUCAUGUGCUCUGUCUGUGACAAGGGAUUCACCUGUACAUCCCAUUUACUGAGACAUCAAAGGGUCCACACUGGGGAGAGGCCAUUUACCUGCUCUGUGUGUAAGAAAGGAUUUACUCAAUCAUCCCACCUGAUAACACACCAAAGGAUACACACUGGGGAGAGGCCUUUCGCCUGUUCCAUGUGUGGAAAAGGAUUUGCUCAAUCAUCUAAUCUCGUAACACACCAGAGAACUCACACCGAAGUGAAACCCUUCACCUGCUCUGUGUGUGGGAAGGAAUUCUCUCAGUCAUCCAAUCUCCUGACACACCAGAGGGUUCACACUGAGAUGAAGCCUUUCGCCUGCUCUAUCUGUGGAAAAGGAUUUAAUCAUCCAUCCAACCUGCUGAAACAUCGUCGAAUUCACAGUGGGGACAGACCAUUCACGUGCUUUGUUUGUGGGAAAGGAUUCACUCAGUCAUCUACACUUCUGACACACCAGCGUGUUCACACUGAGGAAAGGCCAUUCACCUGCUCCGUUUGUGAGAAAGGAUUCAAUCAUCCAUCCAACUUGCUAAAACACCAGCGAGUUCACACUGGAGAGAGGCCAUUCACCUGCUCCAUGUGUGGGAGGGGAUUCACUCAGUCGUCAACUCUUGUGAUACAUCAGCGAACUCACACUGAAGCAAGGCCUUUCAUCUGCUCUGUGUGUGGGAAGGGUUUCAUGAACUCAUCCAAACUCCUGAUACAUCAGAGAGUUCAUAGUGGGGAGAGGCCAUUCACCUGCUCCAUAUGUGGAAAGGGAUUCAUGAGUUCAUCCAUUCUGCUGACACACCAGCGAAUUCAUACUGGGGAGAGGCCAUUUACCUGCACAAUAUGUGGGAAAGGAUUCACUCAAUCAUCCAACCUGCUGAGCCACCAGCGACGUCACAAAUGACUGCAGGAGUCGGAUUGCAAUUUCGUUACUGCUGUUGAUACUGUCCAGUACUGAGUGACAUUCAUUCUGACAGAUUGAAUUUGUUUCUUUUGAUGUUAAUCAUCCCUAUAACUGUGCUGUUGUUUCAUAUUCUGCAUCACAAGCUGGCUUGACUCUGCCCUGUUUCCUCAGUUACCUGAUUUCUUAUCCAACAUCCAGAACUAGAUGGACAGAAAUUUCCUCCUACUAACUAUUGACAAGAAUUGAAGUAAUCGAUUUUUAGCACCGACUCUCAGCACCAUUUCCAAUCUACUGACUACAUCCCUCUUCCUGAAAAUAGUCUGAGAUUGACUCUGUCUUCUUCUGCUUACAACCUCAGUAUCAUUUUUAGUCCUGAGAUUAACUUCCAAACUCAUGUUCCUGUUAUCAUUUACAUUGCCUACUUCUACCACCAUCAAAUCGCUUGGCUUCACUCCAUCUUAGUUCAAGUCUGCUGAAAUCCUUGUUCAUGCCAUUGUUUCCUCUUGACUCAAUUUUUUUUUAACAUUCCCAGUUGGUCUGCCGUAUUCCAGCCCUUGUAAUUUUCUUGUCAUCCAAAACUCAGCUGCCCAUGUCUUAAUUCACAGCAAAUCCUUGUUCUCCAUUUUUCAGGUGCACUAACGUGAAUUGGCCUGCAAUUAAACGUAAUCUUGACUUUACAGUUUUCAGCAUUAUUUUAAACUCUCUCUUCAGCUUUGCCCUUGCCGAUCUCUCUAAUUUACCCCUUCCCCUGAACCUCAUGCAAUAUCCACAGUCCCGUAAUUCUAGCCUCGUAUAUUCCCAAUUAUAAUUGUUUCUCCAUUGUCAGUCAACUCUGCAAUUCUAAGUCUGUCUGUGUGUCUUCCUCAGGUUCCUCCUUGCAGUCACUCCUCAAAACCAACAUCUUUAACUAAGCCAGUAGUCAUCUGACCUAAUUACUUCUCUAUGGAUUAUUGUCAAAUGUUGUUUUAUAGUGCUCUUGUGCAGUGUACUGUGUUCCAUUACAUUAAAGGUACAAUAUAAAUACA